AUGUUUAACCCAGUAUUUGGAUCGAAUCAACCAAAUAAUGUAGGAAUACAACCUCAAACUCCACAACAUCAAACAUCACAAUCUCAAACUCCACUUAGAAAAAUUUUAACAAGCCCAAUGUCAUCGUCAGAUCAAUUACCCCCUGUUGAAACUUUAAAUCCCGAUGCUUUAAAGGAUUUAACUAAAUUACAAUUACAAGCAUAUUUAAAAGCACAUCAAAUUGUACCAGCAGUAUCAAAACCUGAAAUGAAAAAACAAAUGAGAACACUUAUUCAUGCAAUUUCAAAUAAAGAUUCAUUACCACCAAAUGCAAAUAAUGUACCGCCAGGUGUUUAUCCACAAUCUAUACAACCAGUUGGUGCACCAACUAUGUUAAUGCAUCAAGUUGGAGGAAAUGUACCACCACAAUCACCCUAUGGAUAUCCACAACCACCACAACAAUUCCCAGGUGGUGGUACAAUAGCACCAGUUCACCAACAAAUACAACAACAAUUACAUAUUCAACAACAGCAACAGCAACAACAACAGCAACAACAACAACAACUUCAACAACUUCAAUUACAACAACAAUUAAUAGCACAACAACAAGCACAACAACAAGCAUUAGCACAACAACAAUACGCAGCACAACAAGCAGCAUUGGCACAACAACAAUAUGCAGCACAACAAGCAGCAUUAGCUCAACAAGCAGCAUUGGCACAACAACAAGCACAACAAGCAGCUUUAGCAGCACAACAAGCACAACAACAAGCACAACAACAACAACAACAACAACAACAACAACUAUUAUUACAACAGCGUCAACAACAAGAAGAAGCAGCAGCAAAAUUAAAAAACAAUAAAACACCAAGUAAAGAUUCAGUAGUUAGUGGUUUAAAUAGAUCACCACCACAUUCACCAAGAACCAAAGAAGCACAAUCAAAAGAAUCAACAGCAGGUGAACAAUGUGUGGAAUGUAAAUCAAAGAAAUCCAAUAAAGAUUGUAAUAAUAAGAGAUGUAGAGGAUGUUGUAUUAAAUAUAUGAUUGAAAAGAAAUCACACAUUUGUUUCCUUCAUCUUCGUGAUGAAUCUAGACGUCCAAGAAUAAAAGAUCCAGCUCAAACAGAGGUUAUCAAUGAUUUAAUUACACAGGCACAAAAAGAACAAGCAGCAGCAAAUGGUGGUAAAGAAAGAGAUAUCAAUUCAUUAGCAAAUACACCAAGCACUUCAAAUACACCAUUACUAAGUAGUAAAACCAAUACACCAUUAUUAUCAGCAACUGAUCAAACAACUCCACCUUCAUUCACUUUAGAUUCAGAUUUAGAACAACAACAAUCUUUACCACAACAAAGUUUAUCAAAUACAACAACAUCAACAACAACAACUUCACCACCAGUAACAACAGCAACAAUAACAACAGCACAACCACCAAUUCAAACAACUGUGAAUUUACAACAACCAAUACCACAACAAUCACUUCAACAACAGCAACAACAACAUCAAGAUAUUCAAGGUAAAAAUGAUUCAUUUGGUAGAAAGAUACAAUCAUAUUAUAAUAAUUACUUUAUUGGAGUUCAAGCACAAGUUGCAGCAUGUUCAAAUCCAAAACGUUUAACACCUUACAAAGAUGAUAGAUAUUCAUUCUUUUCUUGUUAUAAAUGUGAUAAAGUUGUCAGUGUAAAUGGUUUCCAACUUUGGAGACAUAUUCAAUCUGAACAUACUGAAGACUUUUUUAAAUUUCUCAAAGAAAAUAUAAAUUCAAGAGAAUCAACUUCUGCAUUACUUUUUAAUUCUGAUAGUAUAUAUAAUAAUACAAAACAAAAAACAACAGAAAGAUUUAAUUUAACUAUUGAAUGGUUAGAAGAAUUAUUUUCACCAAUUCCACCACCAGAAGUUACAGAUAAAAAGUUUUUUAAUGAAAGAAAAGCAAUGUUAUUAGAAUUUGAAUCAAAGUUAAGUUCUUUAAUUGAUUCUUUUGAUGAAAAUAUAGAUCCAGUCACUUCAAAAUAUUCAGUUUUAGAGAAUUUAUUAAAAGAAUCUGAUACUUUCCAUAAAUAUUAUGAUAGUUUAUCAACUUCUCAAAAUAAUGAAGAAUUAAAAAAUAUAAUUCAACAAUAUGAAAAUGAAAAAAAUGUACAUUUUGAACAAAGACCUUUAGUAAUUACUCCAUAUCAUCCUUCAACAGUUUCUUCAAAUGGCAAAGUUCCAGCAUUUGAAUUUAUUGAGAGUGAUACCACCUUUUCACUUUGUUCUUUAUAA